CUCUCAAGAGAGCAGAGAAGACCAGGCAAUCCGAACCCAACUCAAAAUGUCUCCAUUUCGUGAUUUAUUUGUUUACCCACUAAAUUAUUUUUCACACAAAACUCUUUGAUCUUCUUCUUGGAAUCUUUGGUUUUCGAAAUACAAUUCUCCUGUAUCACAUUUGACUUCUCUGUUUCUUAAGAGUUGUUUUUUUUUUUUUUUUGGUUGCAAAGUUAGUAUUCUUUUUUGGGUUUUUUUUUUUUUUUUUAACAGAUUUUGACAUUUUCUUCGGCAAAAUGCGCCUUUAAACGCAGACAAGGAUGUGAGAUCCAAUCCAAGUCCUCGUUCAAAAGUCCGUCUUCCAGGUAGCAUCAUCUUGUAGAGAAAUGUGUACAAGUUAAAUGUAAUAAUGAAUUUUCCUAUUUGUUUUUGGUUUUGGGGGUCGUAUUUAUAGCCAUAAACGUCAGUGUGGGUUUGAUAGAAUUUCUGGGUUUUUUCUUUGUUAAAGACUUUCUGGCAAUACUUUUGCAGGGACCGACAUUACUGUUAAGCCGGUUUGGGUAGAUUACGAGCUGGCUUUGUGGGUUGUAAUUAUCGCUCGUCUUGUUGAUCUUUCUCUUACUUUGGUUUACACUCCCUGUUGUUUCCUUUCAAGUUCCUCUGUUAUCACAAGAGGUUACUUUGUGUCCCUUCUUCUUCCAUAUCUUCGUUCUUACUCUUUUUCUUAUAUAUUUUUGAGCCUCUCGUUUGAAUUUCUCGUGGGGUUCUGUUUUAUUCUUCUUCUCCUUCCCUUUUGUUUCAAUCUUUUGGGCGGGCACUAGUGCAGAAAAGGAACAAUUAUUGGGUAUUUGGGGUUUUGAAGUUUUAGUAGCUGUUGUGUAGCAGAGAAAAUAAAUAAAGGUUCCCUUUCAAGGAGCUUAGUACAGUUCUUGGUGGUGGGAAUUUUUUUUUUUUUUUUUGAAGUAUUGGAGUUUUGUGCUCUUUUGGGUAUUUUGUUACUCGAAGAAGCUGCAUUUGUCACUGGGAAAAAUUGGAACUUGAGCCCUCACAUCAGUUCAUCGUACGAGUAAAUGGCAGGAGGUAGAAGAAGGAAACUACAUUUCAGCAAGAUCUACUCAUUUGCUUGUGGAAAGGCAUCAUUCGAGAAUGACCAUUCACAGAUUGGGGGGCCUGGAUUUUCUAGGGAGGUUUACUGUAAUGAACCUGAUUCUGUGGAGGCUGGAAUGCAUAAUUAUGCAGUCAAUUAUGUGAGUUCAACCAAGUAUACUGUUGCUACUUUCUUGCCCAAAUCGUUGUUUGAGCAGUUUCGAAGGGUAGCCAACUUCUACUUCUUGGUCAUCGGCAUCUUGUCGUUUACUCCUCUCGCGCCUUACUCAGCUGUUAGUGCUAUUAUCCCUUUAAUUAUUGUAAUUGGGGCAACCAUGGUGAAAGAGGGCAUAGAGGAUUGGCAAAGGAAAUUGCAGGAUAUUGAGGUGAACAACAGAAAAGUUAAGGUUCGCCAACGUAAUGGUGCAUUUACUGAUACAGAAUGGAAGAACCUGAGAGUGGGAGAUAUUGUGAAGGUGGAGAAGGAUGAAUUCUUUCCAGCAGACCUGCUCUUGCUUUCGUCCAGUUAUGAGGAUGCAAUCUGCUAUGUUGAGACCAUGAACCUUGAUGGGGAGACAAAUUUGAAAUUGAAACAGGCAAUAGGGGCAACUUCAUAUCUAAAUGAUGACUCUAGCUUUCAGGAUUUCAAGGCUAUUAUAAGAUGCGAGGACCCAAAUCCAAACUUGUACUCUUUUGUUGGAACUUUGGAGCUUGAAAAGCAACGGUUUUCCCUCACUCCUCAACAACUUCUCCUCAGAGACUCAAAACUCAGAAAUACAGACUACAUAUAUGGGGCAGUCAUCUUCACUGGCCGUGACAGCAAGGUAAUCCAAAAUUCCACAGACCCUCCUUCGAAGAGAAGCAAAAUUGAGAAGAAGAUGGAUCGCAUUGUUUACCUCUUGUUCAGUAUAUUAUUUUUAAUUGCGUUUGUGGGAUCAAUUAUUUUUGGCAUUGGAACUAAAGAUGACUUGGAAAAUGGGCGGAUGAAAAGGUGGUAUCUUAGACCAGAUCGUUCGACAAUUUUCUUUGAUCCUGAAAGAGCUCCAGCGGCUGCAAUUUAUCACUUUCUAACGGCCUUAAUGUUAUAUAGCUACUUCAUCCCAAUCUCCUUGUAUGUGUCAAUUGAAGUUGUGAAAGUUCUCCAGAGUAUUUUCAUCAAUCAAGAUAUCCACAUGUAUUAUGAAGAGGCUGACAAACCGGCAAACGCACGUACAUCAAAUUUGAAUGAGGAACUUGGCCAAGUUGACACUGUACUUUCUGAUAAGACCGGGACAUUAACCUGCAAUUCAAUGGAGUUCAUCAAGUUUUCUGUUGGAGGGACAGCUUAUGGCAGUGGUGUUACUGAGGUUGAGAGGGCAAUGAAUAGAAGGAAAGGUUCACCAUUGGUCCACGAAGCGAUAAAUGGCUUGGAGCAUCACAUCAAUGAUUCUCCUGAUAGAAAACCACACAUUAAAGGAUUUAAUUUUGAAGAUGAAAGGAUAAUGUAUGCAAAUUGGGUUAAUGAGCCUCGAGCAGAUCUCAUCCAGAAGUUCUUCCGCCUGUUGGCGCUCUGUCAUACAGCCAUCCCUGAAGUGGAUGAGGAUACAGGAAAGGUUUCAUAUGAAGCAGAAUCUCCUGAUGAAGCAGCUUUUGUUAUUGCUGGUAGAGAACUUGGUUUUGAAUUCUACAAAAGAACACAAACAAGUAUCUCAUUACGUGAGAUCGAUCCUCUAACUGGCAAAAGAGUUGAAAGGCUGUUUGAACUUUUGAAUGUGUUAGAGUUCAACAGCACGAGAAAGCGGAUGUCUGUGAUAUUGAGAGAUGAGGAAGGAAAACUAUUAUUACUAAGUAAAGGUGCUGACAGUGUCAUGUUUGAAAGGCUUGCAAAGAAUAGUAGCAAGUUUGAAAAGGAGACCAGACAGCAUGUGGAUGAGUAUGCUGAUGCAGGUCUGAGGACCCUUAUCAUUGCCUAUCGUGAACUUGCUGAGGAAGAAUACAAAGAGUUCAAUGAGAAGUUCACUGAGGCCAAGAACUCAAUUAGCGCUGACAGGGAAAUGCUGAUUGAUGAAGCAACAGAGAUGAUUGAGAAGGAUCUAGUUCUUCUAGGUGCAACUGCUGUUGAGGAUAAACUUCAAAAUGGGGUCCCUGAUUGCAUAGACAAGCUUGCCCAAGCAGGCAUUAAAAUUUGGGUUUUAACCGGAGACAAGAUGGAAACUGCCAUUAAUAUUGGUUAUGCUUGUAGUUUGCUAAGGCAAGGCAUGAAGCAGAUUAUGGUAAAUUUGGAUAGUCCAGAUAUUCAAGCAUUAGAAAAGGCAGGAGACAAGGCUGUGAUCACCAAGGCAUCAAGGGAAAGUGUUCUCCGUCAGAUUACUGAAGGGAAGGCUCAGCUUACCGCAGUUGGUGGAAGUGAUGAGGCAUUUGCUUUGAUUAUUGAUGGGAAAUCGCUUGCUUAUGCUCUAGAGGAUAAUGUGAAGCUAAUGUUUUUAGAUCUUGCUGUUGGCUGUGCAUCUGUUAUAUGCUGCCGUUCAUCACCAAAACAAAAGGCACUGGUUACGAGACUAGUCAAAACAGGAACUGGGAAAAUAACACUAGCAAUUGGUGAUGGCGCCAAUGAUGUGGGAAUGCUUCAAGAGGCAGAUAUUGGGGUUGGUAUCAGUGGCGUGGAAGGGAUGCAGGCGGUUAUGUCAAGUGAUAUUGCAAUUGCUCAGUUUCGAUAUUUGGAGAGAUUGCUACUUGUGCAUGGACAUUGGUGCUACAGGAGGCUUUCAUCAAUGAUCUGCUACUUCUUCUACAAGAAUAUCACAUUUGCCUUCACGCUUUUCUUAUAUGAGGCAUAUGCAUCAUUCUCAGCAACUCCGGCAUAUAAUGAUUGGUUCUUAUCAUUGUAUAAUGUCCUAUUCACUUCACUACCAGUGGGAGCGUUAGGUGUUUUCGACCAGGAUGUAUCUGCACGUCUUUGUCUGAAGUUUCCUCUAUUAUACCAAGAAGGCGUGCAAAAUGUCCUGUUCAGCUGGCGGCGCAUCCUUGGCUGGAUGUUUAACGGGAUCUACAGCGCAAUCAUUGUUUUCUUCUUCUGCACAAAAGCUCUGGAGCACCAAGCUUUCAACAACGACGGGAAAACUGUAGGGAUGGAGAUUCUGGGAACAACCAUGUAUACGUGCAUCGUAUGGAUCGUGAACUUGCAGCUGGCGCUCUCAAUCAAUUACUUCACCUUGUUAGCACAUUGUGUCAUCUGGGGUUCAAUUGCUUUGUGGUACAUAUUUAUGAUGGUCUAUGGUGCCUUGCCUCCCAGUUUUUCAACCACUGCUUACCAAGUCUUCAUCGAAGCUCUCGGCUCUGCCCCCUCUUACUGGUUCGUCACCUUUUUCGUGACAAUCUCUGCGCUAAUUCCAUACUUCGUAUACUCGGCAGUCCAAAUGCAGUUCUUCCCCAUGUACAAUAACAUGAUACAGUGGAUAAGAUACGAAGGAAAGUCGAAUGAUCCCGAAUAUUGUGACAUGGUUAGGCAGAGAUCCAUAAGACCAACAACCGUUGGUUUCACUGCGCGCAGAGCAGCAAGGAUCGAUCGAUUGAGAAACAGAAUUCAAAAUCACUAAUAAUGAUAACUUGUAGAAAUUAUGGAAUGCUGUAAAUUAGUGUAUUGAGAGUAUCUGCUUAUACUUCAGGAUUGCUAGGUGACCAUGUAAAGAAGCAUCAUACACUUGUAAAUCUUGACUUUUGUCAUUAGGAAGUAUACAUGCACAAUUUUUCUUUC